UUUGAAGAAAAAGAAGAAAUGAAUAAUAGUAGUAAUAAUAAUAACAAUAACAACAAUAAUACUAGUGUUGGUGAUACAGUAGUUGGAUCAGAUGCACCUACAGACUUUCAUAUUGCUCAAAGAACUGAAGAACCACCACCACCAACUAAGCCAGCUCCACCACAAUCCAUCACAGCCCAACUAGCAGCAGCAUCAUCUCCGUCGUUCCCGGCGGCGCCACCACCUGCCGGAGUAUCACCUCUAACUGAAAAAAAGAAAAGAGGGAGACCCAGAAAAUAUGAUCAAGAUGGGUCAGUCAGAAAAGCUUUAUCUCCAAAGCCCAUCUCAUCUGCAGCACCUCCACCAGUCAUUGAUUUCUCCACCGGAAAAAGAGGCAAAAUCCGGCCACACUCUGCCGGAAAAAUCCAGCACUACCACCAGCAACCAUCACUACAACCACCAGUAGCAGCACUCAAAGAAAUGGAAAGUUUAGGUGAUUGGGUUUCAAGCUCAGUUGGUGCUAACUUUAUGCCGCAUAUCAUCAAUGUCAACACAGGAGAGGACGUGACAAUGAAGGUUAUAUCGUUCUCCCAACAAGGACCCCGUGCAAUAUGCAUUUUGUCUGCAAAUGGCGUGAUUUCCAGUGUUACCCUUCGCCAGCCCGACUCCUCUGGUGGUACAUUGACUUAUGAGGGUCGCUUUGAGAUACUUUCGUUGGCGGGGUCAUUUAUUCCAUCCGAGAGCGGAGGAAUAAGGAACAGAUCCGGUGGGAUGAGUGUUUCUUUGUCAAGCCCUGAUGGGCGGGUCGUUGGUGGCAGCGUGGCGGGUCUAUUGGUAGCUGCCAGUCCGGUGCAGAUUAUAGUAGGAAGUUUCUUGACUGGUGUCCAGCAAGAUCAGAAGACCGCCAAGAAACCAAAAUCCGAUAACGUAACCAUCACAAUCCCAACAACUGGUGCGGUUCCUGUACCCCUUCAAGCAGCAGUGCCUGUACCCGUGCCAGCACCAGCACCAGGACAUACGGCUGAGACCAACGAGGCAUAUUCUGCCAAACAAAAUCUCUCAUCACCUUCGUUUCGUGGAGAUAAUUGGUCAUCCUAUAAUGCCCCCGAGUCUCGGAGCAAAUCAACUGACAUCAAUGUGAGUCUUCAAUAGUAACUUACAAACGGUAACUUGGUAAACUGACUGCGUUGGCGAUUAGACAGUUAAUCUCUCACCCUUUGGAAUUUGGUUGUUUGUAUGUAAAAACUUCUUGGGUUUGUUUUUAGUUUGAAGUUUGAUGGGUCGAUAUUAGGGGUUCAGUUCAGUGAUUAGUUUAGGAUUUCAGUAGUAUUAAGUCUCAUGUUCUUCAUUUGUCAGGUGUUCUCUGUAGAUGGUUUGGAUCUUUCCAAUUCAUCCGAGCUAUUUUAUCAAAAUUUGAAUCUUAGAAAAUGUGUUCCUGAUGCGUUAGUAGAAUUAUCAAAAUUUGACCAGUGCA